UAUAAGAAUUAAGAUCCUAUGAUAGAUUCUUGUUAUAUCCAUUUAUAGCAAAGUUCUUAAAGGAUUCCAAAACUCCUCCUUCUCCUCUUGUUAUAAGUUUAAGAAACCCCUAUUUGUUGUCCCUUAAGAAAAACCUUAUAAAACCCCCGUGAAAUCCAAUUUGUAGCUUCUGCCAAAUCAUAUUUUAGUAAUCUCCCAUUGCAUAUGCAACGGGAGAUAUUAGUGCUCCUCCAACUCGACCUGGUUGUCAACUGCGAAUGAGUUUUAUGGCUUUCGGAUGAUGUGCUGAAAGCACCUGAGAGCAGGUUGCCUGUCAAUCAGGUUGUCGCACAAUCGUCCCGAGCGGCGCCUUAAUAAUUGAUCCCGCCUGGAGCUGCAAGAUGAUGUUGAUGGCAGUUGAGUAGAGAAGGGGCAUGGUUAUGGCAAUGGCUAUGGCGAUGACUAUAGCUCCAUGGGAGUGGAGUAGAGUGGCUUGGCUUGGUGGAAACGACAGGCAACUCCAACUGGGCCAUGACGUGAGGCGAACGCAUCAGAGCGAAGUUUAAAGGAAGCGUGUGAAAUCCCAUUUGGCUAAUGGCCAACAGCGUCAGAAGGAAAAUCAACCUGUUUCGGUGACUAUAACCCCCCCUACCAUUUCCCUUCGUACCGUGCCACCAAAUUGCUGCAGCGAAACUGGGAAAACUUGCUUCCAUUUUCCACAGCAAUUGUGCGAAUGUGGGCCAACAGUGUGUGUGUGUGUGUGUGUGUGUCUUUGUGUGCGCGAGUGGGAAAACGGGUUUUUCAUUCGGGUUCUGCAACUGUUUUUUUUUUUUUUUGGCGACUCGCUGACACGCUGGCCUCCUUUUCUUCCGUUCCAGCUGGCACUCCUAGCUAGCUAUUCCACUUGCCGAGCUUGUUUAGCCUCCACUUUGCUUUGCUAUUCCCAUUCCCACUCCCACUCCCACAUUUUCUUCCACAAACUUAUCUGAUUUUCCUGCAAGAGGAAAGGAUCUCUGGCUGGGCUCCCCGGAAAAUAAAAUGUAAUGCCUUUUGUGGCGUUGAAGAGGGAAAGAGGGAGCCUUCCAGGCCAAAAAAUUUUCCAGGGGUGGAUGGCUCGGCUCAACAGGGUGUGUCGGGGUCACCUUUGUUGCCAUUUUUGGGGGUUGGUUGGUUGGUGCCCCAUCUGCAGGGCCAUCAUAAAACGAGGAGCUUUGGGUUUUCUUUGUGGGUUGGGUUUGUGUGGGUGGCCUGGGUGGCCUAGGUGGUGGGGGUGGCCCGAUGAUAUCAGCCUUUUUGGGGGGUUGGAAACCUAAAGAGAACUGAAACCGAACCCACCCCCAACCUGCCACAUAAUCAUAAUCAAAGGUGCCCCCCCUUCGACUGGAAAUCAAUAUUGGAAGACUGCGGAGGGACAUUGCUCAUACGCAACGUGAUCCGCACAAAGAACUUAAUUAAAAGUGAUUCACCCCAAAAAAAACAAGAAGGCAACAAAGACAUCAUCGUGUUGCAUGCAUCAACAUAAAUCUGUUUGUGCGGCGAAUCCCAUGCAAAUCUGUGAAUGUUUCUUCUCGCCUGACCCACAUCUCCCAACUGAUUUGAAAUUCGAAUUUUUUGGCGCGAGGAGUUCAUCAGGAGUUCAACAAACUUCCUCGCAAAAAUCCAAAAAAAAAACAACAAAAUAAACAAAAGAGCAAACACAAAUUUAUGCUCAAGUCGCAGAACAAAAGGCAGCGAAGCUCAUAUUUAUGGAUGAUGUUUGGUUCGAACAAGUCGGAGAAUUUCUUUAAAAUUUUAUUCCAAAAAUCUCAAUACAGCUAGCUGGCCUGUACAAUUAUAUAAUUACAUGUUAUGUCCUUUCUAUAAUUAAACCAUUUAAGCAAUGAAAUGUCCUUUAAUUAUUGAGGUGGAAAACAAGAAAACAAGCAGGUUUGUUGUCAUAAGAGGCGUGUGAAUCCUGUCGCCCACUUAAUUAAGGACUUUCCAUGAUCCUGUCAUUAAAUAAAACCAAUAGCGUGACUUCAGGUUGGUUUUUAAUCCUUGGGGGUCUUAUAUAAAAAGGAUGUCUGGUUAGAAUCAAAGAAGAAACUCAAAGUCAUGUACCCGCGAUUCCUGGACCGCAACUAUCCGCUGAAGAAGCAUCUGUUCUUUGUUACCAGAUACUCCUUUGGCCUGCUGGGACUUAGUUUUGGCCAAAAAAUGUCCUGGUUCCAGUUGGCCUGGUUGGUGUUCAACUUUGUCAACCUGGCCCACUGCUGUCAGGCGGAGUUUGACUUUGGUUGGAGCCAUCUCCGCACCAGUCCCGUGGAUGCCAUGGACGCCUUUUGUCCACUGGCCUGUAGUGCCACUACCCUCUUCAAGCUGGGCUGGAUGUGGUGGCGCCGCCAGGAGGUGGCCGAUCUGAUAAACCACAUCCGCCAGCUCACCGAGGAACAGGAGGGAAGGAAGGACUCCCGAAGGGAUAAUGCUCAGAGGAGCACCUACGUUAUGGCCACCAGGAGUGGAAUGCUGGUGUUAACAUUGGGCAGCAUAAACACCGGAGCCUUUGUCCUUCGAUCCCUUUGGGAGAUGUAUGCUCGAAGACGACAGGAAUUCAAAUUCGAUAUGCCAUUUCGAAUGCUAUUUCCUGACUUUGCUCAUCGAAUGCCCUGGUUUCCCGUUUUCUACUUGUACUCCAUCUGGAGCGGCCAGGUCACAGUCUAUGCCUUCGCUGGCACCGAUGGCUUCUUCUUCGGGUUCACUCUCUACGUGGCUUUCUUGCUCCAAGCUCUCAAAUGGGAUGUCUUGGAUGCCCUGAGAUCGGUUCAAGAUCCUUCAGUUAAAGAGUCAAAGCUAUGCUGUCAGCAGUUGGCGGAUAUAGUGGAUCGCCAUAAUGAAAUCGAAAAGAUUGUGGAGCGAUUUUCUGGCAUCAUGGCGGCUCCUACUUUCGUGCACUUUGUAUCCGCCAGUGUGGUUAUAGCCACCAGUGUGAUUGAUAUUCUUCUGUAUUCUGGCUAUAAUAUCAUCCGGUAUGUGGUGUAUACCUUCACGGUUUCUUCAGCCAUUUUUCUCUACUGUUAUGGUGGAACAGAAAUGGCUACUGAAAGCCUUUCUCUGGGGGAGGCUGCCUAUUGUAGUGCCUGGUAUAAAUGGGAUCGAGAGACCAGAAGAAGGGUCUUCCUCAUUAUCCUCAGAGCCCAGCGACCCAUCACAGUAAGAGUGCCCUUUUUUGCGCCAUCUCUGCCAGUUUUUACUUCGGUCUUAAAGUUUACUGGUUCUAUUGUGGCCUUGGCUAAAACCAUAUUAUAAACAUUAUUAUAUCUUUUCUUGGCUAUGACUAGCCCGAAAGUAUGCAAUUUCACCUUAAGAAUUGUUUAAAAAAAGGUAUUUUUUAAGUUUUAUGGCCACUUGUAAGGUGUGAGAAGCGAAAAGCCAAUUAUUUCAAGGGUCAGGGACUACAAUUGGACAAAAGUAGCUACAGUUAGCCACCAAAGUUAGCCUUGAGGGGGGCUUUUGGCCAACUUUAUCCCAAGUGCUGCAAUUACUUGAGUAACCAUAAAAUUCUUAAGUGAAAUGUUUUUGCACCAAAACCCAUUGACGUCAAUAAAAGUUAGGAACACUUGGGAAAACCCGAAACUUUCAAAAUGAAAAUAAAAUGCUUUUCCAAACUCUGAGCAAUUAAAUGGAUUCUGGAUGGUAACCUGCGAUGGGUUAAGAUUUAUAAAAAAAAAAUAAUAAAAUAAAUCAACUUUGUGGACAUGGCACGUGAGCAAGAUUUGGUAACAAUCUUUGGUAUUGAUUCCUUGGCUCUAUGAUU